GGGGACGGGUUCCCCACGCCCCAGAAGGUGCAGUUCCCCGUGGAGCGCCUCUCCAUGACCUGGGAGCGGAUCUACCGGAUUGGCGCCGGGCUGCAGAACCUGGGGAACAGCUGCUUCCUCAACUCCACCAUGCAGUGCCUGACCUACACGCCGCCGCUCGCCAACUACCUGCUGUCCAAGGAGCACGGCCGCACCUGUAACCAUGGAGGCUUUUGCAUGAUGUGCGUUAUGCAGGAACACAUCAUCCAGGCUUUUUCCAACAGUGGCAAGGCGAUAAAGCCAAAGUCCUUCAUCUGCAACCUCAAGAAGAUCACCGAGCACAUCCGCUUUGGCAGGCAGGAGGAUGCGCACGAGUUCCUGCGUUACACCAUCGAUGCCAUGCAGAAGGCCUGCCUGAACGGCUGCACCAAGUUGGAUCGCCCGACCCAGGCCAGCACGCUGGUUCACCGGAUCUUUGGCGGUUACCUGCGGUCCCGAGUGAAGUGCUUGGUGUGCAAGAGUGUCUUGGACACCUAUGACCCUUACCUGGACCUGGCACUGGAGAUCCAGCAAGCCACAAGCAUAGUGCAGGCGCUGGAGCUGUUUGUGAAGGCAGACCUGCUGGUCAGGGAGAACGCCUACACGUGUGCCACGUGCAAGAAGAAAGUGUCAGCCAGCAAACGCUUCACUGUCCACCGAGCCUCCAAGGUUCUCACAGUCUCCUUGAAGUGCUUUGCUGGCUUUGGUGGAGGAAAAAUCACAAAGGACGUGGGGUACCCCGAGUUCUUGGACAUCCGGCCCUACAUGUCACAGAAGAACGGGGAUCCCGUCAUGUACGGGCUGUAUGCGGUGCUGGUGCACUCCGGGUACAGCUGCCAGGCAGGGCACUACUAUUGCUACGUGAAGGCCAGCAACGGGCAGUGGUACCAAAUGAACGAUGCUGUGGUCCGCCCCAGCAACAUCAAAGUGGUCCUCAAGCAGCAGGCCUACGUGCUGUUCUACCUGAGAAUGCCCAGUGCCAGGAAGAGCUCGGAGGGGCCCGUGGCCAAAGCUGCCUCCAGCCUGCCUGGCUGCACGAGCAGCGGUUCCCAUCAGGGCAAGAAAACGGCGCCCAAGAGGCCCCUGUCUUCACAGUUGAUGGGCCGG